GCUGGCUCAUGGUCCCCGAAGCGGCGGGCCGGGCGGAGGCUCCUGCGGCCGCUGGGCCCACGGGGAUGCCCCGCGGGUGAGGCGGCCCCCAGCUCCCAGCCGCGCUCAUGGCGGUGGCCAGGAAGAUCAAAACUUUGCUGACGGUCAACAUCCUGGUGUUCGUGGGCAUCGUCCUCUUCUCCGUGUACUGCCGCCUGCAGGACCGCUCCGAGGGGCUGGUGCAGAUCGUGCGCAGCGCCGACCGCCGGGUGCGCAGCCGGCACGCCAAGGUGGGCGCGCUCGCCGACCGCGAAGCCAUCCUGCAGCGCCUGGACCGCCUGGAGGAGGUGGUCUACAACCAGCUGAAUGGCCUCGCCAAGCCCAUCGGCCUGGUGGAGGGGCCUGGGGGCCUGGGUCAGGGCGGCAUGGCGGCCACCCUGCGCGAGGACAGCCAGGAGGCAGAGGGCAAAUACGAGGAAUACGGGUACAACGCGCAGCUCAGCGACCGCAUCUCCCUGGACAGGACCAUCCCGGACUACAGGCCCAGAAAGUGCAGACAGAUGGCCCACGCCGCCGACCUGCCCCAGAUCUCUGUGGUGUUCAUCUUUGUCAACGAGGCCCUCUCCGUCAUCCUGCGCUCCGUGCACAGCGUGGUCAACCGCACGCCCUCGCGGCUCCUCAAGGAGGUCAUCCUGGUGGACGACAACAGUGACAGCGUGGAGCUCAAGGCCAGUCUGGACCAGUACGUCAGCAGGAGGUACCCGGGCCUGGUGAAGAUCGUCCGCAACAGCCGGCGGGAAGGCCUGAUCCGGGCGCGGCUGCAGGGCUGGAAGGCGGCCACGGCCCCCGUGGUCGGCUUCUUUGACGCCCAUGUGGAGUUCGGCAUGGGCUGGGCGGAGCCCGCGCUCGCCCGGAUCCAGGAGGACCGCAGGCGCAUCGUGCUGCCGGCCAUCGACAACAUCAAGUACGACACGUUCGAGGUGCAGCAGUACGCCAGCGCGGCCCACGGCUACAACUGGGGCCUCUGGUGCAUGUACAUCAUCCCCCCGCAGGACUGGCUGGACCGUGGCGACGAGGCGGCGCCCAUCCGGACCCCCGCCAUGAUUGGCUGCUCGUUCGUGGUGGACCGGGAGUACUUUGGGGACAUCGGCCUGCUGGACCCCGGCAUGGAGGUGUACGGGGGAGAGAACAUUGAGCUGGGCAUGCGGGUGUGGCAGUGCGGCGGCAGCAUGGAGGUGCUCCCCUGCUCGCGCGUGGCCCACAUCGAGCGCACCAAGAAGCCAUACAACAAUGACAUCGACUACUAUGCCAAGCGCAACGCCCUGCGGGCGGCCGAGGUGUGGAUGGACGGCUUCAAGUCCCACGUGUACAUGGCCUGGAACAUCCCCAUGACCAACCCAGGCGUGGACUUUGGAGACGUGUCUGAGCGGCUGGCGCUGCGCCAGAGGCUGAAAUGCCGCAGCUUCAAGUGGUACCUGGAGAACGUGUACCCGGAGAUGCGGACCUACAACGACACCCUCACGUACGGAGAGGUGAGAAACAGCAAAGCCAGUGGCUACUGUCUGGACCAGGGGGCAGAGGACGAUGACCACGCCAUCCUCUACCCCUGCCACGGCAUGUCCUCCCAGCUGGUGCGGUACAGCGCCCAGGGGCUGCUGCAGCUCGGCCCCCUGGGCUCCACCGCCUUCCUGCCCGACUCCAAGUGCCUGGUGGACGAGGGCAGGAGCCGCGCGCCCGCGCUGAAGAAGUGUGAGGACGUGGCCCGGCCGGCGCAGCGGCUGUGGGACUUCACCCAGUCUCCCCUGCCGGCUGGCUGUCCCAGACGUUUAUGCUCUCGUGUCAUGGAGCCGGAAGUCCGCGAUCAGAGCGGCCCCAUCGUGAGCCGAGACACAGGCAGGUGCCUGGAGGUGGAGAUGUCCAAGGACGCGAACUUCGGGCUGCGGCUGGUGGUGCAGAGGUGCUCGGGGCAGAAGUGGACCAUCAGGAACUGGAUCAAGCACGGGCGACACUGACACCCGCCCUGCGCCCUCCCCAGUGCAGACCCUCAGGACCCAGGGGGGUGUCCGGCUGCCCGCUGGGCCGGGGGCUGGGACUCAGGCCCCCUCCUGCCCCCUGCGCCGUCCCCAGCCGGACCUUGCCUCGGCCGCCGGCAGGCCGUGUCCCUGGGACCACAGGGGGGCCCCCUGUGCGCCCCGGAGGCAAGUGCCAGGGACCGGCCACCCCACCAGGAGCACAGACCCCGAAGCCAAGCCCACCUCCGAAUCACGUGCCUUUUCUACGGUAUUCCUGUCCAGGCCGCCGGGCCGGCCGCCUCUUCUGCAUGUGCUGAAGCCCCCAUUCCUUCCCCCCUCGCGGAAAUAACGCCCGUGAGCUCCGUGGGUGGCCCGAGCCCUGUCCCCGCCGGGCAGAACCGUGGCCUCCUCCGUCUCCUGGUCGUCUAGGCAAAGCCCGGAAGAGCAGAGCAGCGCCCUCGCUGACGCUGGGGCGGGGGACACAGGGGACGAGGCUGCCCCAGGCAGUGCUGGCGAGGAGGCCGGUGAGCUGCUCUGAUCCAGCCCAGAGCGGGUCAAACAGGACAGAGCUGGUCUUGUCCUCCGGAGUCCUAGCGGCUGGGUUGUCCGGGCCGAGGACCCUGUUCGAGCGUGUCUCGCCCCGGGUCAGGCGUCUUCCCCCGUUGCUGUAAGGGGGGGUCAGCGAACGACGACCCACAGCUCCGCGCCUGUUUUUAUAAAUAAAGUUUUAUUGGUACACGGCCCA